AUGCGACCGAAAUGGCUGGUGGUAGGCUUGUGCGGCGUGACCAACAGUGGUAAAACUUCCCUCGCUAAAUCCCUCCAGGCUAGGUACCCCGGCGCUCAUUAUAUCUGCCAGGAUUCAUACUUCAGACCAGUCACUUGGCAGGGGCACAUCUACGUUCCCGAAGUCGACCACUUCAACUGGGAUAUCAUGUCUGCUCUUGAUAUGGAAACCAUGGUGAAUGAUGUACAUCAGCUAGUGGAUGGGGAACCUGAAGGAAGCGAACAAGGUAUUUUGAUUCUGGAUGGAUUCUUGCUCCUAUGCCACGAGGAGAUUAGUAAAAUGUGUAACAUCAAGGUUUACAUAGACCUAGAAUACGAUGAAGUGAAAAGAAGAAGAGAAACUAGAUCAUAUGAUCCCCCAGAUCCUCCUGGUUACUUCGACAAGAUCGUAUGGCCCCAGUCGCGACAGGUCCGUCAACAGAUCAUAUCCACUUUCGGCGACGAGCUGCUUCUGUUAAACGGUAAAGACCUUAUUGAGGCUAAUGCUACUAAGAUCUCGAUGAAGAUUGAUACAUUGCUUAAAUCAUCUUCUCGAUAA